AUGUCCAGCAACGCCAUCAGCUCAGAGAUGCAGAAAACAGUGGGACCCUGUUACACCCAACUACUGUCUGGAGGAGUCUGCUCCAUCUUCUCAUCCAAAUAUGGUCACUUCUGGUUGCAGAAGAACAAGAUCGCGACGGCCAAAAUGUCAAACUCGAGGUUUCAAAAUGGUAGUUCACAAGCAAAUGGCGAUGUCACGGACAGAGAGGGACACACAGAAGGCACAUCUACCCGAGAGAGCUUCAUCACCGACCUCCGUCUUCAGAGCUUCAUCUCCCUGCUGCCCCAACCCAACCUUCAGAAGGUGUCGUUCAAACAUUCGUCAGCUGUAAUUUGUUUCAAACCUAACUUGAAUGAUACCGCAAAAGAAUGUGUUGUAAUAGAAGAUCGAGGGGAUGCAGACCGAAUGGUGGUGACAAUUACUGCCGGAUCUUUCUCUCAUCCUAAUCUGCCAACCAUCACAACCACUUCAACCUGCAAUAUUGAAGUUGUGGUGGCUGAUAAAACAUCAACCAUGCUUAACGUGACUGCAGAGGUCGGUAGCAAAACUCUGCGUUCAUGGUCGUUUUCUAAGUCUGAAGCCGUCCAGAGAGUUGCCGUCGACCUGAGCGGAUGCAGACAAUCAGAUUUCUUUGGCAGAGAGCUUUCUGUCCCUGAUCGGUGUGUAUACAGUCUGAUGAAGUCUACAGGAGGCUCGGGUUUUGAACUAUUGGCAAGUUUCCGGGAGCGACGCCGUGUAGAUGUGCCGUUUUUGGACUACUUGAUCCUAUCACUGACAGAGCCAAGUGCAAAGAUCUAUCUGGAACAAGGUGGAAGAGUUUGGGUUAAUGACCAAGUACUAACGCUCAAUGCCACGGUUCAGACGGUUCACGGUGUGCAGCUCUCAAAGGACCAGACUGGAGUUACUGCCUAUUUAACUUCCGCCAAGGCCACAAUCAUUUUUGAUGGCGACUCUGCAUAUGUGACAGGACAUAUUGAGAACGUAGAGGGCUUGUGUGGCAGCAGCGCCGAUCCAACCACGACCACCACCACGAGCGCAGAGAAGUCCUCUUCUCACAGUGCAGCCAACUGUGACAGUAUGUACAGCGAGCCAGCUGACAGUUCGAUCAACUGCAACGCAUCAACUGAAUACUGUAAUCUCCUGAGCCAGGCACCCUUCACUGCUUGCCACAGCCACAUUGCCCCGGGGCCCUUCAUUAAAGCCUGCACAGAAACUUUGUGCAAAUACCCAUCGGUGGACGGCAUCAACUGCCAGUUUUUGGAGGCGUACGCCACGUCCUGCGAGCUGAAAAGCAACGUCGUGCUCGGGGACUGGUGGUCAAAGGCCAGCUGCUCUCCUAACCCCUGUCGGGACCUGUACUGCAGUAAUAAUGAGUUCUGCGGUGAGACGUCCGGUGACACCAGCUGCGUCUGUCGGUCCAUUUUUGCCUCCAAGUACAAAGCAACAAACAGUUUGGGUGAUCCGACUGUCUGCACGCAGAACUCUGCCAGUCUCACUCUGGCAGGAUGUCUGCUGCAGGAAAAAGGCAUCGACUACACCGCCUUACACCUCAAGGACAUGAGCUGCACAGGUCACAUGGACAGCAAGACCCACAUGGUGACUUUCAGCUUCGACGGCACCAACCCCUGCGGGGUGGAUGUUGUGACGAACGGCAGCCAAGUCAUCUACAAGAACACCAUCACGACGAGCAACACCUCCGUGGACACCGUCAUCACACGCGACAGACAAGUGGUGAUCGACUUCUCCUGCUUCUACACCCAGCCAGAUCUGAAGAAUGUGGCCUUCUUGAUCAAGGACGGCUCGGUGGUGCAGCAGAUUGUAUCUGGAGCUUGGAAUUACACUCUGAUGAUGAACACCUACACCGACGCCGGCCUCACACAGCUUGUCGGGCCGACCACUAAGAUCGGGUUGAACCAGAAGAUCUGGGUGGCGCUGAAGACAGAGGGGCUGGACGACAACAUGGUCGCAGUGGUGACCGACUCCUGCUGGGCGACCAGCGAGUCAUCCCCUGAUAGUGUGCCAAGAUACGAGCUCAUCACUAAGGGAUGCAAAAACUCUGACAAGACCGUGAACAUAAACGGAAACGGGGUGGGAACGUCCAACGCCUUCUCUUUCAACAUGUUCAAGUUCGCCGGGAAAAGUAGUGAAAUCUACCUGCACUGCAAACUGCAGCUGUGCGUCACACAGAGCAAAUCCUGUGUCCCGAACUGCAGUGGAGGUGGAUACAGGAAGCGCAGAUCCUUGAUGCCUAAAUAUGCAAAUGAAACCCCGGCUGUCAUCACUAUGGCCUGGAGUAAUUAGGUGAUUCCUGAUUUAAGCUGCGUCCCAACAAGGAGCCUGAAAUCACCCUGGUCUUGAAUUUGAGUUUUGAAAGAUUUAACAGUGAUGUUGUGACACACCUGAGAUGCUCAUUUAAUCCAAAGAUUCAUGCAAAUUACUGAGAUUUUAAAUGUACUUUUUGGUGAAAUACUAGAUGUGAAGUGAUGUGUGCAGUGAAGAAAAACUAAUUCAAUAUAUAACAAAUAAUAAAUAAAUAAUUUCUUCUUUAUUGUAGUAGCUACAUACUGAAUACAAAAACAAUUUCUGUGUUUUAGUGACAUGAAGUUAAAACAAGUUUAUAGCUGAAAGAAGCUUUGCAGCAAGAUGGUUUUAAAGAUCAAGUGGAAGGAAAAUACUGAUGUUAACAUGAAUGGAAAUGGUUCGUAGAUUGAAGUUUGUAUAAAUGAAGAUUGUCCGUUAAAACUGUGACUGUAAUCACAUGCUGUUGUACCAUUAUUAUGUCAUUAUUACUACAUGAGAGCUCACAAAAAA